UGCUGCAGUCAGACUGGCAGGUUAAAGUCCGCCGCAGCACAGACACAAGAGUCUACUGUCAGACAUGGUUGAGCGAAACAACUCGAACAGGACUGAAAUAUGACUUAAACUGACCUGUACCUGAAUUAGAAGGAUGAUUCCUGUAUUGCCUGAGUCAUACACCCAUGUCUUGGCUGAGUUUGACUGUUUAGAUCCCUUACUCUCUGCCCUUCGGCUGGACUCAGGCAGACUCAAGUGCACGUGCAUUGCAAUCUCAAGGAAAUGGCUUGCCCUUGGCACCUCAGCUGGAGGGCUGCAUCUCAUCCAGAGAGACGGCUGGAAACAGAGACUCAUCCUGACUCACAAGGAGGGCUCUAUUACACAGGUAGCAUGCUGCCCUCAUGAUGAAGACUUUAUCGCCGUGGCAACAAGCGAGGGUCUUGUGGUGGUGUGGGAGCUGCAGUUGGAGCGGCGAGGGCGUCCUGAGCGUGCCUGUGUCUCUUGGGAGCACCGUGGCAUGGCUAUAACAGCUUUGUGCUGGGAUACAGCAACUCUGCGUGUGUUUAUUGGAGAUACAGCCGGAAAAGUGUCCUGUCUACGUGCAGGAUCGUCCAAACUUGGAAAGGGUUCAGCAUUCGUGAUCUUCCCAGUUCAGACUGUCACCACAGUAGACUCUCGUGUGGUGCAACUGGGAUACCUGGAAGGCCGUUUGCUGGUUUCUUCACUAAGCCGCUGCUACCUCUGUGACACAGAAAGGGAGAAGUUUUGGCGAGUGGGAAAUAAGGAGCGUGAUGGGGAAUAUGGAGCGUGCUUUUGCCCACAGCAGCAAACUGGGUUAAGAGGGUUGCCUGGAGCCACUGGCCACCUGCUGUACUGUGCUCGGCCAGGCUCACGUGUUUGGGAGGCCAAUUUUAAUGGAGAGGUGCUCAGUACUCAUCAAUUUAAACAGUUACUCGCUUGCCCUGCCUCACCUCUCAUCUCGUACAAGGGGGAGCCUCAGUAUAUCCCAGAUCAGAAGCAUCCUCAGUCACUUGCCUUCCCUCGACUACUUAACUUUAGUGAUCAAAACCUUCUGACAUGGACAGACUCUGCCAUCUAUAUCUUUACACCCCAGAGUGGACAGGUGUUGCUGUGGACCGAAAUCAAAGACAUAGUAGAUGUUGCAGUGUUCCGUAGUGAGCUGUUUUGUCUUCAUGGCGAUGGGCAUUUGUCACACUUGUCAUUGCUGCCUGCUGAGCGCUGUGUGGAGAGACUGAUAAGGCGAGAGAACUGGACACUAGCUGCUACAGUCUGCUGCAUGUUCCAGCAUGCUAUUGCAUUAUGCAGGGCAAGGAAGUCGAUUCCUAUUGACCGCCUGGAACACCUCAAGACCCAGCUUAACUCUACCUCCCAGCAGCAGCUGAUUGUCCAGCUUGAGGAAGUUAUCAGCAAGCUGGAGCCUCUAGACUCUGCAUGCAGUAGCCGCAGGAGCAGCAUAUCUUCUCAUGAAAGCUUCAGUGUGCUGGACUGUGGCAUCUAUCGCGUCAUCAGCCGUAGAGGCAGCCAGUCAGAUGAGGACACCAGCUCCCUCGUCAGCCAGUCGAUGCUUGAGGAGGAGAGACUGAAAGAGUUUAACUUUGCUCAAGAGGAGGAGCAGGUGGAGCAUGACUCUCAGUCAUAUGUGCGUGCCGAGGGGGAUAAAUCAGAUCUUGGCCUGCAGUUUCAUCUGCCACUCUCAUUCCGUCCCAAACCACCACGCAUCGCCCUGCAAGCUGUUAAAGACAGUGUCUCAAGCUUUGUGAAAAAGACCACAGAGAAGAUCAACACUCUGCAAAUGAACUCUGACCUUUGGACUCGACCAGACCAUAGGGAGAGCGGACAGGGAGAAGUCAUUGUCUCAGCUGGCCCUGUUCCUGAUGAAGUGGACAACGAAGCGAUUACGGAGCAUGCAGAGAGCGAUCUACAGGAGCUUAAAUCGACAACAGAGAAAGCCAUCUCACAGAUACAGGACCCUCAAGUUCUUCUGGAUCCAAGCUGUCUGACAGAGGUUCUUCUAGAGUGGGUCCCAGUUUUGGAGAGGGUCCUUGGUCCAGAGGAACAUGCAGGCAUAGAAAAGGAGAAUGAAGAGAAAAAGAACGAGAAGAAAAUCGUCGAACCAGAAGAUGAAAAUGCAGACACCCAGUCUUCUUCCGCAGUUCCUCAGUCUGACAAUGAAGUAGGAUCUCUGACGGACAAAGACCACUCCUCUUCCUUAAUGAAGGGAGAAGCCCUUACAGAGAGAAAGCUCAGUUCCACCCCUCCUCCUGUAGAGUUAUCACCACCCUUACCAGCUCCAGUGAAACUUAUUCACCGCCCUUUGCCCCCUGAACUUCAGGAACACCUCUCUCAGCUUGCCUGUCUGUACUUGGACCUGGGCUGCCCGAGUGGAGCAGGGGAUGGGGUGGAGAGUGGGGUGGAGGAUGUGUGUGCAUUUCUUCAAAGGUACUUUUUCCUGCUGGACCAGGAGAGAGUGAGGAGGAUGUGUAUGUUGAGGUACAGAGAGCAGCCAGAGGUUCUGAAGGCCUACAUUGUAGGCAUGUUGGAGUUCACCCAAGGCAGCAAAGUGGUGGAAGUGAUCCAGAAAGGAGACUUAUUAAAGUCAUUGCGCAGUCUAAGAGAGCUACAGCCCUGGAAUGUUCCCCUGCUUCUUUCACACCUUUACAGACUGUAUGCAAGGCAUGGAGAGGUGGCUGUUCGUGCAUACCCUCAGUUUUACCCUACAAUCCUCCCUUCAGACAUCAUGGCUAUGGUCCAACCCAGUCACUUUUUGCCUUACCUAGACAAUCUGGUUCAGUCCCGAGCCGAGGAACAAAGACUCUCUUUCUUGGGAUCACUCCUCCAGCCUGAGACACUGCAGCAAGAUUGGCUGGAGCUGGCUCUUACCCAUGAUGCACCACAAAGAGAAGAUACACUCACAGCUGAUGGACAGCCAAAGUGGCGUUCUCACUACUUCUGCUGGGGCUAUGGUCGUCUGCUAUCAUUACUGAUUCGCCUGCCUGCUGACUUUGCUUCCAAAAUGAAGAUGCUGGAGUCAUGUUGUCUACACGGGUACUGGGUAGGCUACUUGUACUUGUGCAAUGAGCUGCAGCGCCGCACUGAGGCUUUUACUGCCAUUUGCAAACUAGAUGAUAUGAGUUUACUGGAGGAGCCCAAUGGUACAGUUCCACAGACAGUGGAAGAGUGGAUGUUAUUGAUUCGGCUUUGUCAGGAACACCACAACAUCAGCCCCUCAGCUUCAUCAAUGUCACUUUCUUCAUCACCUUCUUGUGGGAACACCUGUCUCGCCAUCACAAAUACAAGCAACGGCACCAGCACUAAUAACAGCACAGGUAACACUAAUGGCAAAAGCACUACUAGUGGACCUGGUGACCUAACCAACGGGUCUGCAGAAUGGAGCACCCAGAUCAGUGUGGAGAAGUUGAUCCUGUGUCUGGCACGAGCUGUGGGGCCUGAUCAGGCUUUAGCAGCGCUGCAGGAGGGUGGAGUGCAGUUGGAGCUCAGCCCUCACUCUACACUAGUGUGUGAACUUCUGAGAGUGGCGGAGAAGAGACAAAGAGCUCUGAUUCAGACUAUGCUGGAGCGGUGUGACCGAUUCCUCUGGUCUCAACAGGCUUAAUAGAGAUUCUUCUUCCGUGGGUCUUCCAGCGUACUGCUUCCUUCGCCUUUCAUCAAGACAAUCUACAAUUUCUACACUACAAUCUGCCCUCUUACUCUAGGGAUUAUGGGUAUUAUUUAGCCUGGUCUAGAUUCAUGGGUUUCGUUGCAUAUCACUAUACCAAAAUUGGGAUAUAAUGCUGCAUUUCAUUUGUCUCUAAAGUUUGCUGUUGGAGCUUGAAAUAAUGUCACACCCAGGUUGACUGUGUUACAGUUAAACAUUAGUAUUAAUUGUUCACUUGUUUAAAACAUAAAAAAACACUGUGACACAGUGUAAUGGCAUGUUUUAAACCCAGAAGCCACAUGAUUUCUUUAGUAAGAGUUCUUUUUUUAUUUAUUCCCCUGCAGACAUAGCACAAAUGUGUCUGAUGGUAUCCCUCAUCUUAAGAGUUAGCCUAACCUUGCCUUUAUCAUUCCUUUCUGUAUUAACCUACUUACUCUUGUUAAGCCUGAUCUGGAAUUGUCGGAAUUGUGCCACAGUCAUCCAGGGAUUAGCUCAGAGUUAGCCAAGAUAGUAAUUAUGCUUUAUUAGUUGUUACAUUAUACUCUGCAGUACCAGCAGCUGACCUGCUAGGUACAGUAGUAGUUGGUUUAGGCUAACGGUGUCUAACAGUAUUAACAAUGUAUUUUUGUUUCAUAUUGUUUUAAUAUAAUAUAUGCUUAGAAUUAUUUAUCUAUUUAUAUGCACCUAAGCUUUUUUUUCUUAAAAGAUGUUAACGAAUGUGAGCCCUAAAAACAAAAAAAUAUCAAAACAUUUCAUAUAAUGUAUCUGUCCAUAUGAAGAUCAACAUGAAAAAUGUCUCCUUCAACUACAAUUAUAAGCCUUGUGGGUGACAUGCUGCCUCAUAUGGCACAAAGGAUUUUGCUAUUGUUUAAUUGUGUUAAAGAUGAUAAUAAAGAUGUCUUCCAUCAAAAUGA